AUGAGCCAAAGCCCAUAUCUUGAACAAGUGCCUUCCCCAGUUAAUUUUGUACUGAGAUCGCCUAAUUGUUCAUUAGAGAAAUUAUUAGAAUUACCUGAUAUCUUAACUGAAUUAAGAAUUAAUAAGCGACUUCAAAAAUUUAUAUCUGGAGAACAUGUAUUAGAUCAAUUAUUUGAUUAUAUUUGUGGAACUGGGGAUGAAAGAUUUCAAUCUCCAGCUACACAAAUAGUUUGUUCAGAAAUUAUGACAAUUUCAGAAAAUAUAUUUUAUUUCCCUCAUUUAAUUAAUUUGCUCUUUAAAGAAAUGUCACAGUCUGAAGAUGAAAUAACAAUAAGUUGUAUUAGUCGUGUAUUAUCAGUAUUAAUGAAUUUACCAACAUCGAAUGUAUUUGAAAUUAUGUCAGAAACUCCUAAUGUUAUCAGUGUUCUUAUAAAUAAAAUUACUAAUUAUGAAGUGUCUCAAUUUAUUCUAAGUAUAAUGAAAUAUUCAUCUAAAGAUGAAAUGUGUAAAGCUACAGGUGUAUAUUGGUUAUGUCAAAAUGGAUUUAUUAAUGAUUUAUUAAAAUUAUUUAUUAUAUCAGAAAAUAAUGGGGAUAAUGAUAAAAUUGAAAGUAUUACAUCUCUUAUUGAAGAAAUUACAUUACUUAAAGAAUCAUCAUCCGUUUUUAAUAAUUAUUUAAAUUCUAAUGAAAAUUUAUCUUCUUUUUAUUUAAUAAUUUUCAAUACCAGAUCUUCAUAUGUUUUUGAAAAAGGACUUUGUAUUAUUCAAAAUAUUUUAGCUUGUUCUGUUUAUUCAGGAGAUCUUUGUACAAACCCCUAUAAUAAAUUACCAAUGGUAUAUCAAGAAAUAUGUAAAUAUUUUGAACAAAUUUCUAAUCAUUUUAGAUAUGAAAGUGGACCAAUUACACAAGUUAGAAUUCAACUAGUGCAUUUACUUCUUUCAUUAACAUUAUCUAAUUAUUCAUAUAUAUAUAGUCUUAUUAUUAAAUAUAAAUUAAUGAAUAUAUUACUUGAUAUAUUCUUUAAUUUUAAUCAUAAUUGUACAAUAUUCAGACAAGUAGCUUUUGAUAUAAUUAGUUUUAUUAUUAAUCAAUCAGUUGAACCUUUAAAAUCUUCAUUACUUGAAAUUGGUUUAUUAAAACGACUUGUUGAAGAAGAUAAAAAAUCUAUUCAAUUUAAAAAUCAAUUUAAUUAUUAUCCAGACCAUCAUUCAUUAUCAAUUAUUUUAAUGAAUAAUAUUCAUCUCGUUGCAGAAGAUGAUCCAAGUGAUGAAAUUCAUAAUGAUUUAUUUAUGAACCAAUUUGAAGAUUAUUAUAAUGAAUAUAUUUUACCUAGAGAAACUAUUUUAACAAAUCACUAUCUUUGUGAAAUAAUACCAGGAGGUUCUAAAGAAAAUGAAGGAUAUAUUUUUGACUUCUUUGACGAUGAAAUGUAA